UAUUUUUAUAAUCAGAAAAAAGAAAAAUAGGUCUGUUAGAGAGGUUAAGAACACAACAUAAGAGAUAGUCUAGAACGGAGUGUGAGACUCGCAUCGGAGGAAAAAUGGUACUGAGCGCGACGACGAUCGGAGCCUUACUGGGUUUGGGUACCCAAAUGUAUUCCAACGCUCUCCGCAAACUCCCCUACAUGCGCCAUCCGUGGGAGCACGUUUUGGGAAUGGGAUUGGGCGUUGUGUUCGUGAACCAGCUUCUGAAAUGGGAGGCUCAAGUUGAACAAGACCUCGAUAAGAUGCUCGAAAAAGCUAAGGCUGCAAACGAAAGACGUUACAUAGAUGGAGAUGACGAUUAGUGCAUGUCUUCAAGGAUUGCUACAGUUGGUGAAAAUAAUAAUGUAACACAUUCUAUGUGUUAUCUUUGUUUUAUGGUUUCAUAGUGCUAUGUUUGUAAGGCUGUUGUGCUUUUUCCUGCUAUUCAACCUAUUUUGUCCACAAGCUUCAGCAAGGAGUGAAACUGUUAGAUAAUGUUGUGGGUUUAUGGCUUCAUUAACAGCAUGAAUCAAUUCAAUAACUUCUGAACAGUAUGGAUCAAUUCAAUAACUUCUUUGGUUUAUUAUCACGAUAACUGUGACAUCAAUGAUUCAA